UAAAUCCGAAUUUCUUUCAGCUAUUCUUCCUUUUACCUCUUUUACAGUCAUGUUGAUAACAGUAUAUGUAAUAUAAAAGUUAGCUAAUAUACCUUUGGAUUGUUUAUUUGUGUGUUCGUUCAGCAAAAUGUCUCGACUGUCUCAGCCAACAAAGAAGGACACAAAAAUGAGGAUACGUGCUUUUCCGAUGACUAUUGAUGAGAAAUAUGUUGCCAACAUUUGGGAUUUACUAAAAAAAGCGAUCCAGGAAAUUCAAAAGAAAAACAAUGGUGGUCUAAGUUUUGAGGAGUUAUAUAGAAAUGCUUAUACUAUGGUAUUGCACAAGCAUGGAGAAAAACUGUAUACAGGCUUACAUGAAGUGGUCACAGAGCAUCUUAUUAAGGUAAGAGAAGAUAUACUUCAGUCGCUUAAUAACAACUUCUUACAAGUACUAAAUUCUGCUUGGGAUGACCAUCAAACAUGCAUGGUGAUGAUAAGAGACAUUCUUAUGUACAUGGAUCGCGUUUACGUAUCACAAAAUAAUGUGGAUAGUGUCUACAAUCUUGGCUUAAAAAUAUACCGUGACCAAGUAAUCAGACAAAAAGAUAUUCGUGAGUGUAUCCAGUCAACCCUGCUUGAACUUGUUGCUAAAGAAAGAAGGGGUGAAGUUGUGGAUAGAGGUGCUGUUCGUAACACUUGCAUGAUGCUGAUGACGGUCAGUUUGAAUGGAAGAGAUGUUUAUGAAGAGGAAUUUGAGAAAGGAUUUUUAAAUCAAUCUUCAGAAUUUUACAGACGUGAAAGCCAAAAGUUCUUGGUUGAGAACAGCGCAUCAGUUUAUCUGAAGAAAGUGGAAGCGAGGAUUGAAGAAGAGGCAGAGAGAGCUCGUCAUUACCUUGAUCCAUCUACGGAACCUGAGAUAAUUGCAGUGUUGGAACGAGAGUUGAUUCAGCGUCAUAUGAAGAUAGUUGUUGAGAUGGAAAACUCUGGUGCGGUUCACAUGUUACAACAUGAUAUAAAGGAUGACCUUCUGUGCAUGUAUCAGUUGUUCAUACGAGUCCCACAAGGCUUUGAAACAUUACGUGAUUGUUUGAGUGCUUAUCUACGUGAGCAAGGCAAGAGUGUAGUAGAGGAUGGUGGACAGAAAUCGCCAGUGGAAUAUAUUCAAAGUCUUCUUGACUUGAAAGAUCGCAUGGAUGAUUUUCACAGAAAUUCCUUCAAAUCUGAUCCUUUGUUUAAGAAGAUGAUUUGUUCCGACUUUGAAUGGUUUGUCAACCUUAACCCAAAGUCACCGGAAUAUCUUUCUCUCUUCAUUGAUGACAAAUUGAAAAAGGGAAUUAAAAUGCUCUCGGAGCAAGAGGUGGAAGUUGUGUUGGACAAAACGAUGUCCCUCUUCCGAUUCCUGCAAGAGAAGGAUGUAUUCGAGCGAUAUUACAAACAACAUCUUGGAAGAAGACUCCUCACCAACAAGAGCAUCUCCGAUGAUUCUGAGAAAAACAUGAUCACAAAACUAAAGAAUGAAUGUGGAUGUCAGUUCACAAGCAAAUUGGAAGGAAUGUUCAAAGACAUGCAUGUGUCAAGCACAACUAAUGAUGAUUUUAAAAAACAUGUGCAAUCAACUUCGACCUCGUUACAAGGCGUUGACCUCACAGUGCAAGUCCUGACCACUGGUUGUUGGCCCACACAGGCGUCCACACCUACAUGUAAUUUACCAGCUGCACCAAGACACGCAUUCGAUGUGUUUAGAAGGUUUUACCUUGGCAAGCACAGUGGUCGGCAGCUUACCUUACAGCACCAUCGUGGAGCUGCUGAUAUGAACGCCUCGUUCUUCGCUGCUGCUAAACCAGGUGCCAGCAAUGAAGGAGAAUCGGCAAGCGUCAAACCAACAACUCGUCGACAUAUAUUACAAGUUUCCACUUUCCAAAUGGUUGUGUUGAUGCUGUUUAACGACAGAGAGAAAUGGCUGUUUGAGGAAAUCCAGCAAGAAACAGAGAUUCCUGUCAAGGACCUGAGUCGUGCUUUGCAGUCACUUGCUUGUGGGAAGACAAACCAACGAGUUCUGCAAAAGGAUCCCAAGGGUAAGGAGAUAGAGAAGGGAAACGUCUUCACAGUAAACGACAACUUCUCAUCUAAACUUCACCGCGUUAAAAUACAAACAGUCGCGCAAAAACAAGGCGAGUCGGACCCCGAACGUAAGGAGACUCGCACCAAGGUCCAGGAGGAUCGAAGACACGAGAUUGAGGCAGCCAUCGUCCGCAUCAUGAAGUCACGAAAGGAGAUGCAGCACAACCUUCUUAUUGCUGAGGUAACUUCCCAAUUAAAACAUCGAUUUCUCCCGAGCCCAGUGAUUAUCAAACGUCGAAUCGAGAGUCUUAUCGAACGUGAAUACCUCUCACGUUCCAACACCGACCGUAAGGUUUACAUCUACGUCGCUUAGACAUCUCUUCUCCCUUCCCAAGUAUUGUUCGUCGCGCUUUAUCGUUUGUUUUUGUCCUGUGACAGGUCCUUUUGGGACGAGUGCAACUAUUUUCCGGUAUUCAAUUUUUUCCAUUUUUUUGCCUUAGUUUAAAUUUGAUCCUAAAAUAGGCGACCGCGUAGUUAAACUCUGUCUCAUGAAAAGCCGGCACGGCGUUUGUCGAACUUACCAGUUUUAUUGCUUUAUUUAUUUCCAUUUACGUGAUUUUAGAGCAACUUGCCCACAACCAUGCGCAACGUUGCGGAAAAAAACAGCGGCCCCAAAUUAGGAAACUGUUAUUGUCAAAAAGACUGAAAUUAUUUUAUUUUCCUUAAUAAUUUCAAGUGUGAAUGUAAAUAUAUGUUAUGUAUGGUUUACGUGAAACACCUUCUUAUAGGACUAAAAAAAAUAACGUAUAACAAUAUCGCACCGUCAUAUAUACAUGCGGGUAAUGUAUGCCGAGCCUGCACACCGGUGUCCCGAUCUCUUACAGCGUUUGCUGCUGCACACAUAUAAUUUCUCUUGCAUUCGAAAAUGUUUCCGUGUUUCGUCUUUCUAUGAGUGGCCCGUAUGCUGAUGAUAUGUUAACGCUCAUCUGCGAGCUGUGUUUAACAUUCUAUUAAAAUGCUAAGCAUGUUAUUUACACCCGUACACCAA